AUGGCCGACGGUGAGGCCGGCAAGGCGGUGAGCCUCCUCUUCCGCAUCACCGCGCUCGUCCUGUCGGUGGCGGCCGCCGUCGUGAUGGGCACCGCCAGCCAGCUGGUCGUCGUCGACGGCGACCGGGGAGCGCCGUCGAGCUACGCCGUCUCGUACAGUCAGUACAACGCUCUCAAGUACUUCGUGGCGGCCCACGCCAGCUCGGCCGUCUGCUCGGCGGUGGCGCUGUACCUGUGCGCCGUGCGCGCCGCCGCCGCGAUCGGCUCGCUGCCGCUGGUGCUCCUCCUCGACGCCGCGGCGCAGGGCCUCCUCUUCUCGGCGGCCGGCGCCGUCUUCGCGGUGCGCGGCGUGGUAGACAUAUGCCAGAUGGGUUUGGAUCAGAGAAAGGUGAAUAUGCUUGCUAGAGGGUAUUGUGAGGCCGAUUAUUCUAUCACACCAAACAUCUAUCAGUCAAUGUUUUAUGCCCUUUUUCUCGUGGUGGUGUUCAUGAUCAAGUUGCUUACUGCAGUCUCAGGUGAAUGA